UUCUGAAAAAUAAAUAAGUAAAAUAGAAGAGUGACGAGUAGAUAGUGCUGGAUCAAAGUUAGCUAGCCGCCACCGCCGCCACGUUGAACCUUCAUCUCUCUCUCUCUCUGUGUCCUGCAAUGGCGUCUUCGCUUCUGAGAAACCCUAAUCUCUUAUCAACAACAAUCACCACCACUCCUUCUCUUCCCACCUUCUCCUCGAAACCAACACCUUCCUCAUUCCGAUUCCAACCGUCCCGUCACUGUUCCAUCUCUCUCCGAAGCCGAACACUUCGUCUCUCAUGUUCAAUCUCAGAUCCUGCUCCUCUACCACCUCACAUCCCUCGCCGUCCCCGUCCCGAAUACAUCCCCAACCGCAUUUCCGAUCCCAACUACGUCCGUGUCUUCGAUACGACUCUCCGGGACGGUGAGCAGUCUCCAGGCGCUACACUCACUUCUAAGGAAAAGCUAGACAUCGCUCGUCAGCUAGCCAAGCUCGGCGUGGACAUUAUCGAGGCUGGUUUCCCCGCCGCCUCAAAAGAUGAUUUUGAAGCGGUAAAGACUAUAGCUGAAACAAUUGGUAACACUGUUGAUGAGAAUGGCUAUGUUCCUGUUAUCUGUGGCCUUUCUAGAUGCAAUAAGAAGGACAUUGAGAGGGCUUGGGAUGCUGUCAAGUAUGCUAAACGUCCUAGGAUCCAUACUUUCAUUGCUACCAGUAAUAUUCAUUUGGAGCAUAAACUGAAGAAAACCAAAGCACAAGUCAUCGAAAUUGCUAGGAGUAUGGUUAGAUUUGCCAGGAGCUUGGGUUGUGAAGACGUCGAGUUCAGUCCAGAAGAUGCAGGAAGAUCCGAGAGAGAGUACUUGUACGAGAUUCUUGGUGAAGUGAUUAAAGCUGGAGCAACAACACUCAACAUACCUGAUACCGUUGGUAUAACUUUGCCUAGUGAGUUUGGUCAAUUAAUCGCUGAUAUAAAAGCCAAUACUCCAGGGAUUAAAAAUGUUAUCAUCUCAACGCAUUGUCAGAAUGAUCUUGGACUCUCUACGGCCAACACUUUAUCUGGAGCACAUUCAGGUGCGAGACAGGUCGAAGUGACGAUCAAUGGGAUCGGUGAAAGAGCUGGAAACGCUUCACUGGAAGAGGUUGUGAUGGCCAUAAAAUGUCGUGGAGAUCAUGUAUUAGGAGGUCUAUUCACUGGAAUCGAUACUAGGCACAUUGUUAUGACAAGCAAGAUGGUUGAAGAGUACACUGGAAUGCAGACACAGCCUCAUAAGGCUAUUGUAGGAGCGAAUGCCUUUGCGCAUGAAAGUGGUAUUCACCAGGAUGGAAUGCUGAAACACAAGGGUACGUAUGAAAUUAUAUGUCCUGAAGAAAUUGGACUUGAACGAUCAAAUGAUGCUGGCAUUGUCUUGGGGAAGCUCAGUGGGCGUCAUGCCCUGAAAGACCGUUUGACUGAGCUUGGUUAUGAUUUAGAUGAUGAACAGCUAAGUACAAUUUUCUGGCGCUUCAAAACGGUGGCUGAGCAGAAAAAGAGAGUUACUGAUGCGGACAUAAUAGCUUUAGUAUCUGAUGAAGUUUUCCAGCCAGAAGCCGUGUGGAAACUCUUGGACAUUCAGGUAACGUGUGGAACCCUCGGGCUUUCAACAGCAACUGUAAAACUUGCUGACGCUGAUGGCAAAGAGCAUGUCGCUUGUUCUAUGGGAACUGGGCCUGUCGAUUCAGCAUACAAGGCAGUCAAUCUUAUUGUAAAGGAACCAGCGACGCUGCUUGAGUACUCGAUGAAUGCAGUAACACAAGGCAUCGAUGCUAUCGCAACCACACGAGUCCUCAUCCGCGGAAGCAACAAAUACUCAUCUACAAACGCAAUAACCGGUGAGGAAGUUCUAAGGACCUUUAGUGGAACGGGAUCAGAAAUAGAUAUUGUGGUGUCAAGCGUCAAAGCUUAUGUCGGAGCUUUGAACAAAAUGCUGGACUUUAAAGAAAACGCCCCCACAAAAGUUCCUUCUCAAAAAAGCAGAGUCCCUGCCUGAAUAAAAACCCUUUCCGGCAAAUCUUGAAAGUCAAAAGACAAAAAAGAAGUUAGGUUAUUUUCAGAGUUUGCUUGUUGUUUCUCAAAGUUGCAUGUCAAAAAUGUACAAUGUAUAUCGUUAUGUAACUUAAAUUUCUAUAUUUAGAAAUGAUGGUUUUAGAGUCAA